CGUGGACUUCCAUUUGAUUCUUCCGUCGUUCUUCCCGUUGAUCCGUAUUCCUUCCCGUUGAUCUUUCUGGCGAAGAACUCGGUGGUUUCCGGUCAGAUCCCGACGAUCUGAAGUACUGAUAUUGCUAGUAAUCAACGCUGACAGAAGCUGAGGGAGAGGCAAUCAGGCCAAAGUGCAACAAUGGCGUCCACCGAUGGUCUUAUGCCCAUAACAAGAAGUUUCCUCGCUUCUUAUUAUGACAAGUACCAUUUGCAGCCUCUCUCCGACGAUAUUCCCCGCCUUUCUUCUCAGAUUCGCGGUUUCGCCCAAGAUUUGCUGCAUGAGUCUCCCCCCACACAAGGUGAGAGCAUACUAAUUCAAGAAGCAGACAGUCAACCUCCACAUAAAAUUGAUGAAAACAUGUGGAAGAAUAGGGAGAAUAUAGAAGAGAUAAUUUUUUUACUGGAAAGAUCGCGUUGGCCAGCUGCGCUUCAACAACCGUUGACACCUGAGGACUCUGAAUUAGCUAAUGUCUUUGGACAGCUUAAAGAUAAAUUUGAAAAAACUUUUAGUACACUGGUAUCUUUCCAAGAAAAAAAUUCUGAACGUGUAUUUGACAUAGUUAUGACAUACUUGCCUCAAGAUUUUCGAGGAAAAAUUAUCAGACAACAAAGGGAGAGAUCAGAGAGGAACAAGCAAGCAGCAGUUGAUGCUCUAGUUAGUGCUGGUGGAACUAUACGUGAUCGAUAUGCUUUGCUUUGGAAACAACAAAUGGACAGGAGGAUACAAUUAGCUCAGCUUGGUUCUGCAACUGGUGUUUACAAAGCCCUUGUAAAAUACUUGGUUGGAGUUCCACAGGUUUUAUUGGAUUUUAUUCAGCAAAUAAAUGAUGAUGAUGGGCCCAUGGAAGAGCCACGAUCACGGUAUGGACCCCCUUUGUAUAGCCUUACCAGGAUGGUGCUUUCCAUUCGACUCUUUGUUUCACUAGCAUGGGAGAGAUUUGAGGCUUGUAAACUAAAGAGGCAUCAGAUCACUGUCCUGGAAGAAGCAGCUGAAGUGUAUACCUCUGAGUUUGUGAGAUUUAUCUCUUUCAUCAGUGAGGUUUUUGCAAAUUCACCCUUCUUUAUUUCAGCAGAGGAAUCCAGUGCAUUAGAUGGAGGGAAAAAUGAUGACUACAAGGAGAUAAAUGUUGCAGCCGGAAAAACUUAUGAGGUUUCAUUGACUGUGGAAUCAAUAAACUCUUACAUUGCUUGGGACUUCUCAGUUAUCCAAGGCAAGAUGAGCAUGGACAUUGGAUUUUGUGUGGAGUACAUAAAUUCUGCUGGGGAGAAAAUAGUAAGUUGGACCAUCAUAUUUCAUAAUCUCCUUCCGAUGUUAUGAAUUCUUCUAAAAUUCUAAGCUUUUUAAGUUGCCAUCAUCCAUUCUUAUUUUGCCUCUUCCUAGCUUCUUUUUCCUGUCCCCUGCACCAUUUUCCUUCCGUCUGUCUUAUCUUAUUGUUAAUGUAUUUGACUUCAUUUCUUGUCCUGUAUUCCGCUGGGGUAUGGGUGAUAUCCAUCAGCUAAUAUUGCCUUACAAACGUUAUGAAUCUGACCAAGUAAGUUACUGCAUCUGUUGCCUUGCCUAUUUUUUAUUUUUACUGUUGGAUAGAAUAUAUUUUCCAUAGUCCCCAACUUCAUCCAUAUCUUUGUAGGGGAACUUCUGCACAUGCAUGGCUGGGAACUACAAACUCUUAUGGGAUAAUUCAUAUUCAGCUUUUUUCAAAAAGGUAGGAAGUUGUUCAUAAGUGGUGUUUGAAAUCGCUUUAUUAUUCCUCCUGGUUUUCCACCUGAUUUGUGACUCUUAUUAGAUGUCUCGAGUUAUGCAAGCUCCAAGCUGAUCUGUCCACUUGCUUUAUACUGGGUAUUAUAAACCAUAUUGCUACUUUCAUUACUUUUCUUGAACAGGCCCUGCGCUACAAAGUGGAUUGCAUACCUCCGGUUGUGGAGCCAUCACAGUCAAACGAAGUGGAAGAAUGAGAGGAGCCCGUGUAUUAAUCAGUUCUGUACCAUUAUUUGUUUUCUUUUCAAAUUGAAUUUACCAAGAUUUGCCACAGCCAUGCCCAAAUGUCUAAUAUCGUGUAUUCAUAUUUGUAAAUUAUCCAUACCCUGCAAUCAAUAAAAUGAAUUCUUGAUA